AUGGCUGGCAUCAUGCGGGGCGUGGAGGCAUCAUGGUGGUCCGUGGUCCUGUUGUUAGUGAGUCUCAAAGCCUCCCCCUGCCUCCCUCAGGACUCUCUCCCAGAAUGCAUCUGUGCCUCGGACAUCCUGAGCUGCACCGACGCCAAUUUGACCGGACCCCCCUCAGAAAUGCCCGUUUCCACCGUGACUCUUGACCUCAGCCACAACCGUCUCCAACAACUAGAAGGCGGCGGAUUUGAAGAACUCUACCGACUGGAAACAUUACGAUUAUCUCACAACCAGGUGAGCGCCGUCCAUCCGGGGGCGUUCAGAAACACCUCUCGACUGCGACAUAUUGACCUGUCGUCCAAUCAGCUGCGAGCUUUGGAGCAUCAAUUCUUCCUGGACGUGCCGAUGCUAGAAGAGUUGUUGCUGUUCGACAACCGCAUCGCCCGGGUGGAGAGCCGAGCGUUUGCGGGACUCAGCGGAUUGAAGAAGGUUUACCUCAGCCACAACCUACUCACUGACUUUCCCUUUUUCUCGCUGCACAGCCAGCCUCACCUGUCCACGUUGGAUUUGUCCUCUAAUCGUCUGAACAGACUGCCCCUUCAGGACAUCUCCGACCUGCCCAUGACUCUACAGAGAAACCUCUACCUGCACAACAACUCUCUGGUGUGCGAAUGCGCCAUGUUCAGCUUGUUUCGGCUGUGGGAACAACAAGGAUUCCCCUCGAUGACGGAUUUCAGGAAGGAUCACGUCUGCCUGGUGUUCGCGAUCCCAAGAGGCAUCGUUCGCUUCUUCCAACACGACCGAUACUUCGAGAAGUGUGACAUGACUUCGAUCCAGCAGGAGGGCAACGUCUCUGUGAAAACGGGGGGUCGUUUGUUGCUUCACUGCGUCACCUCGCUCGCCCGUCGCCAACUCACCUUCCACUGGGUUUCUCCGCGGCAGGAAUACGUGGCGCCGCCCGGGAACAACGGCACCAUCAGGAUGUUUCCUAACGGCAGCUUGGAGAUCUUGAAGGCCAAAUCCAAUGACUCUGGGAUUUACUGGUGUUUGUCUCUUGACUCGGAGCAGCGGCGCAACGAGAGCCAUGAGGUGAACGUGACGGUGCUUCCGCUGCAAGACGAUCUUUCGGAGCCGUUCAACACGGGCUUCACCACCUUGUUGGGCUGCGUGGUGAGUCUGGUGGUGGUUCUCAUGUAUCUGUAUCUGACGCCAUGUCGUUGCCCCGCCUGCCUCAAAACACCAAGCCCAGUUACCGCCACCCCAAAUGAAGCCUUGAUAGGAAGCGCACAAUCCUCCAUCCUCACCCCGACGCCACCGACAACCACCGAGGGACCCGGGCGCAAGGUCAGUACCAACAACAAGCAUGUGGUGUUUCUGGAGCCAAUCAGAGAGCAGCAGAACGGCAGACUGAGGGCGGCGACGGGGGGGCACCUGGGUCCCGGGUUACUGUCAGAGGGCGAGCAGCAAACCAAGACCCAGCCCGACACUCCCGCCAUGCUGCCAUAG